UUCACACACAUUCCAUUUUGGACUCUGCCAUGCAAAUGAGCUCCCAUGAAUAUUCAAUUAUGCAUUGGGACCAAGCGUGGGACAAACAUCCAUAAUCCCAACUCCACUUUCCAUUGUGCAGAUCAAGAUGCUCCGCCAGAACAUCACCAGUACCAGUCUGCUCAACCUCAGCCUCAGCGAUGGUGUAGGAGGUGGAGGAGGAGGCAAUCCCAGCCUGGCGGCUCAGCCUCAGCCGCAAUCACUAGACAUGGACGCCCUGCCCAAGCAGUUUGUGCUCUCCAUGAAGAAGCUAUUUGACAUCCUCGACGACAAGCAGAGCGGCUAUGUGCGCUACACGGACAUCGAGAAAGGCUGGCAGGACGAUGGUUCCAAGGGAUUACCACGUGGCGUCCUGGAUUCACUGCGUCGCGUCACUCCCACCAGCGGACUCCUCUCCUUCGAGCGAUUUUGUGCCGGACUGAAGCUGUGUCUACUUCGCAAUCAGCAGCAGGCUUUGGGUGAGGUAAAGAUGCGUCCCCGUUCCCAGGGGAAUCUUUCGUCAGAGAUGGAUUACAGUUCGCCGGCACCGCCACCCAAGCCACCGCGACAGGUGCCCACAACAUCGCCACCAGCUUUGGGUAAAGCUGACAUACGCCAUGCCCUGCAGAACUGGCAGCUCAACUUGAUGGCGGAUGCGGGUAAGAUCCCGAAGUUGCCGCAGUCGAGGGAACAGUUCGAACAUCGCGGCUCAGCGGAUGGUGGCUCCUCGUCCACCUCCGCCUCGGCCACCGAUUGGAGCCUAGCAGCCCUGCCCGCUUUGCCCAAAAAGUCGAGCAGCAAACGGCGGGAGUCGCGAAGGCACACCCUUCAGCACGGCAUCGACUACAACAUGCUGAAGCGGAUGAAGCAGCUGGAGGAGCAACGGGAGCUGCUGCUCUUCGGUCUUGAUGGAGUAGAGAAGGCACGGGACUGGUACAUGCAGCAGGUACUCAACGUUCAGGAGCAGAUCAAGUAUUUCGGUCGCCUGGGAACCAGAUACGAACAAUGGUCAGAGCUGCAGCAGGAGCGGCUCAACUUCCAGCGUGCCCGCGUCUUAGAGGCGAACCGCAGCCUACAGAUUCUGGCCGAUACCUGGGAGCACGGCGGCUACCCGCUGCAUAUCAACCUGGCCCUGCCGACGCCCGCCGUGUCCAAGCCCCGCCAGAUGUCCGAUCUUCUGAGUCGCGUGCGCGAAAAGCCGCCGCUCCUGUCCGACCUGUAUGAGCCGCAGCAGCAUUCGCACUCGCACGCCCAUCCGCAGUUCUUGCGUGCCAUGUCCUCCAAUUUUGUGCUGAGCCAGCCUUCGCCUGUGAGCCAAUCCUCGGCGGGUCUAGGCGACGCCGAUGUGGUCUACUGAGG